AAUUUACAGCAGUGUUCAUGGUAUAAUUUGUCCAAAAUAUUAGUAAAGGGAUGACCUUACCAUAUAUACACAACCAUAGUCACAACAAAGAUCGAUCAAGUAACCUUAGUUUCAUCAUGGAUGAAAAAAAUAGGCUGAGAGUUUUGAUGUUUCCAUGGUUAGCUGUGGGGCACAUCUCACCGUUCUUUGAGUUAGCCAAGAAACUCGCCGACAGAGGUUUUUGCAUCCACAUAUGUUCCACUCCAAUCAACCUUAGUUUCAUCAAAAACAAGAUUCCCAGCCAAUAUUCUUCUUCAAUCCAGUUGGUAGAUCUUCAUCUACCGGAAUCGCCAGAACUCCCUCCUCACUAUCACACCACCAAUGGCCUCCCACUCCACCUCAAUUUCACCCUCCAAAAAACCCUCAAAAUGGCCAAACCCACUUUCUCCACCAUCAUGGAAUCCCUAAAACCAAACUUACUCAUCUACGAUAUUCUCAUGCCGUGGGCCGCCGGAGUAGCGGACUCACACAACGUCCCGGCGGUCCGGUUCUUCACGUCCGGCGCCGCCGUGUGUACCUACUUCAUCCACAUGUUCAAACGCCCAAACGCCGAGUACCCUUUCCCGGAACUCUAUCUACGCAGAUACGAACAAGAGAGAGCUCAGAAGCUGAUGGAUGAAAGAAGGAGCGGAAGGAAAGAUGCCGGCGGCGCCGCCGCCGAGGACGACGGUUCAGACUCCGCCGGAAUUUUCCACAAAAACAUGGUUGUGAUAAGUAGCUCAACGGAAAUAGAGAGGAAAUAUGUGGAUUAUCUCCGGGAGCUACUAAGCUGCAAGGUUUUAACUCUGGGCACGCUAGUUAAGCCGCCGAUGAAAAUGGCGGAUGAAUUUUCAGAGCUUAUGGGGUGGUUAGGGGAGAAAGAAGAAAAAUCAACGGUGUUUGCUUCUUUUGGGAGUGAGUAUUUUCUAUCAAAGGAGGAUAUGGAAGAGGUAGCUUAUGGGUUAGAGCAAAGCCAAGCAAAUUUCAUAUGGGUAGUUAGGUUUCCAAAAGGGAAUGAAAACCCUAAUCUUGAAGAGGCACUUCCAAAGGGUUUUCUAGAAAGGAUUGGAGGGAGAGGGAGGGUGGUCGAAGGGUGGGCUCCGCAGGAAAAGAUUCUGUCCCACCAGAACACAGGAGGGUUCAUGAGUCACUGCGGCUGGAACUCGUUAGUAGAGAGCAUCGAAUAUGGUGUCCCGAUCAUAGCCAUGCCCAUGCAUCUUGACCAGCCUGUGAAUGCUAAGUUGAUGGUGGCGAUUGGCGUAGGGGUUGAGGUCUUGAGGGAUGAUGGUGGGAAGCUUCAUAGGGAAGAUGUGGGUAGAGUUGUUAAGGAUGUAAUUAAGGGAAAAUUAGGGGAGAAUGUUAGGAAUAAUGUGAAAAUUGUGGGUGAAAAUGUGAAACUCAAGAGUAUUCAAGAGAUGGACGAGGCUGCUGUGGUGUUAGCGCAACUUUGUGAUGUUUAAAUUUUGACAAAUUCGCAAAUUACAUUUUAAGCUCUUUUAUUUUAUAAUUUUCACUGUAUUGUUGAAGCAUAUUCCGAAUUUACAAUUAUUAUUUGAGUAAUACUAUGCAUAUUUCUAAUUUUUAUUA